AUGGACACAGAGUUCACCGACGUUAUCUUCAAACCCCAAGUGGACCCUAUAACUUGCCGUCACAACUACCACCUACGACCCUUCGAUCACUACAAGGUUUUGAAGUCAAACGUCGAUGUUUUGAACCUGAUCCAGCUCGGCCUCACUCUUUACGACAAAAAUGGCAACCACCUUGGCGAGUCCCACCACUUCAUCUGGCAGUUCAACUUCAACGACUUCAAGUGGACUAGAUCCCCCAAGCCCUUUACCCUUCCCCACAACACUCCCGACCGCACCCAACCCUUUAAACCCAAUUAUCACCACCAGCACUCCCAACCCUCUGAUACCAACCCUCAUUCUUUUCCCUUACCCAAGUCUGCAUCUCUAGUUGAACGACCCUAA